AAAAUGAAAAGCGUGCUGCGUGUGUCGACAGUCCUGUUUAUCCUGUCAGUUAUUUGUUGCUUUAUUCCCAGCUGUUUGAGCGCCAGUUCAUCGCCGAAAGUCUGUGUCCUGCAAAACUGCGACUGGAACUCGACGGUGAAUGUCUGUGGCAAGUAUGGCCGCUCGAAUCUGUGCAAUCGCUUCAAGAACAGCUGCACCAUGCGGUACACCUCCUGCGUAGGCUCCACCUCCUACACGACGGUCAGUCUGUCCCAGUGCUCCGGAAUCAGUGUGGGAUCCCGAGGAAUCUGCGGCGGAUCCUCGUCCUCAUCCUCAUCCUCCUCAUCAUCAUCGACAGCAAAUGUUAUUCCAAUUAUCGUACGCAGGGGUUGA